AAACUUAGAUUUGCAAAUUUGCAAUGUUUUUGGUGUAAAACAUAUAUUUUCUAAUUUUACAUUUUGGAAAUAUUUCCGUGUCUAAAAUCAAGGCUUGUGUGAUGUUUGUCUUGAAACAAGAUGAUAUGAGCGCCAGCUUGCCAAAUGGUUAUUGGCCAAGGCUGGAUUGCACUAAAACCAGAAUAUUGUAUCAGAGAGAGGCAGCUGGUUAGGAGUCAGAACAGAUUAUCAUAUGAGAGAGGAUGAAUGAGGAGAGGGGGGAGGAGAAAAAGCAGCAGAGACUGGAAUGGAAAGCAGGGGGCGAGAGUGAGGAGCACAGGAGGAGGAGGAUAGCAAGAAACGCUUCGUUUGGUCGCUAUGGGGCGGAGGGGAUCAUCCAAACCGCUCCAUCACUAUCUCCUCUCCUUCACCUGUCGGGAAGAUAGGGUUUGCGUGCAACAAAGGGGGUGUAUAUCCUCAGAGAGGUCACAGGAAGACGCUGAGGUCUCACUCAUCUUCUCUCUGUGAAGGGCCUACUGCUGCUUGCAGACAUCUGGCCUCACACUGAUCUCUCAUAUCCAGACAUGGAGGAGGAGCUCUCCUAUCUUUCCAUCCUUUUUUACUCACAUCUUUUUGCAUUUUCAUAAAAAAAAUUUAUUCUUUUGCUUUUUACCAAAUUCUUUUUAGGUCAAAAAAAGUGGAAUGUGGAAACUCACUUUCUGUUUUCUGACCUAAGAAAGAUAAACUUCUGAAGAUAGCUGGGCUGUGCUGUGUCUAGCAAGCUGGCACACAAGACUGCAAUCAGUGGGAAGAGGGCCAGCUUCCCUGCCUGAGCUUUCAGCGCCCCUACUGGCUGCACGCUGUGCCAAUCAAAGGCCGGUGGGUGGGGAGCAGUCAGACACGAGCGCUGAUGUCACAGUCACAUGGAUUCUGGUGUGGUCAUGCUCGGAGGCUGAGAGGCAGAGCUGUGCUGGCCAGCUGCUGCUGAGACAGCAGUGGAGGGCUUUGCGCUGGUGCUACUUCUUCUCUUAUGGACUCGAAGCUUAAUGAUGUAUUUUGUGAUUUCAGCUAUGAAAGCUCAAAUCGAAAUAAUUCCCUGCAAGAUCUGUGGAGACAAAUCAUCAGGCAUCCAUUACGGCGUGAUAACAUGCGAGGGCUGUAAGGGCUUCUUCAGGAGGAGUCAGCAGAGCAAUGCAGCCUACUCGUGCCCCCGCCAGAAGAACUGCUUGAUCGACCGCACGAGCCGCAACCGCUGCCAGCACUGCAGGCUGCAGAAGUGUCUGGCAGUGGGAAUGUCACGAGACGCGGUCAAAUUUGGUCGCAUGUCAAAGAAGCAGCGCGACAGCCUGUAUGCCGAGGUCCAGAAGCACCGGCUGCAGCAGCAGCAGCGCGACCACCAACAGCAGCCCGGAGAGGCGGAGCCGCUCACACCAAGCUACGGCCUCUCAGCCAACGGCCUCACAGAGCUCCACGAUGACCUGAGCGGCUACAUGGACGGCCACACCCCCGACGGCAGCAAGCCCGACUCAGCGGUCAGCAGCUUCUACCUGGACAUCCAACCGUCUCCCGACCAGUCAGGCCUGGACAUUAACGGCAUCAAGCCGGAGCCCAUUUGUGAUUUUGCCCCUGGCUCUGGCUUCUUUCCUUACUGCUCCUUCACCAACGGCGAGACCUCCCCGACUGUGUCUAUGGCUGAACUCGAGCACCUGGCCCAGAACAUCUCAAAGUCGCACAUGGAGACAUGUCAGUACCUGAGAGAGGAGCUGCAGCAAAUGACCUGGCAGGCUUUUCUGCAAGAGGAAGUGGAGAGCUACCAGAGCAAGCCGCGGGAAGUCAUGUGGCAGCUGUGUGCUAUCAAAAUAACAGAGGCCAUUCAGUACGUGGUGGAGUUUGCCAAGCGCAUCGAUGGCUUCAUGGAGCUGUGUCAGAACGAUCAGAUAGUGCUGCUGAAAGCAGGCUCUCUGGAAGUUGUGUUUGUCAGAAUGUGCCGUGCCUUUGACUCUCAAAACAACACAGUCUAUUUCGAUGGAAAGUAUGCCGGACCUGAUGUGUUCAAGUCAUUAGGCUGUGACGACUUGAUCAGCUCCGUCUUCGAGUUUGGGAAAAACUUGUGUUCUAUGCACCUGUCUGAGGAUGAGAUCGCCCUGUUCUCUGCCUUUGUGUUGAUGUCUGCUGACCGGUCCUGGCUCCAGGAAAAAGUGAAGGUGGAAAAACUCCAGCAGAAGAUUCAGCUGGCCCUCCAGCAUGUUUUGCAGAAGAACCACAGAGAGGAUGGUAUACUUACAAAGUUGAUAUGCAAAGUGUCGACACUGCGAGCGCUGUGCAGUAGGCAUACAGAGAAGCUCACAGCUUUCAAAGCAAUAUACCCAGACAUUGUGCGUGCCCACUUCCCCCCCUUAUACAAGGAGCUGUUUGGAUCAGACUUUGAGCAGUCCAUGCCCGUUGACGGGUAGCAGCCCUGCCGGGUGCCAGCGUGCCCAUCGUAGGGGAAUGUGGCGGAGGAAUCUGAGACACUUUACUGGUGCCCUGCACAAACCGGAGUGGACACAUGGCACGCUGUUCAACUUGUUCUUUUACAUCUGAAGAGGCAUGGGGGGUGCGUUGGGGGGUUGAUUGUCAAGGUUUACUUUAUUAAAUUAAGUUGUCUUUGGAAUGGCAUGCAGGACCCGACACCCCACGGGACACGAUAAGGAGAUAGGAAGAUCUGUUCGGCUGAACUUGACUCUCUUCUGCGCUUUUUAAAUCUCACACUUCAUUUAGUCUGAAAAUUCACCGCCAGAGAAGUGACCUGCGCACAUGUAGAGUUAAGAGGAUCUUUUUAGACCACAUCAGUAUUCUUCUCCAGGUUGCACUCCGCUCGCCGCUUUAGGGUUUUCACCAUCAGAAUCACGUUCUCGUACAGAUAAAUAACUGACAAAGGCGCACAUUUCGGUCAAGUUCAGCCACUCCUGUCUUUGUGUUCUGUCGCAUCUUUUUUGGAUGCAGUGCUUGGAACGAAAACCCACAGCGACUUUCAGGGAGGUUUCCUCUGGCAUGGUGACGCAAUCGGGGCCUCUCUACGGACAAUCGUUUAAAAAGAAGUAAAAGAGAAAAGAAAUCUAGAAUUCUGGUAAUUCUAAUGAAAACACAAGAAUUUUAGUUGUCAAGGAUUUCAUCCACCAUUGUUGCAUAGUGAAAUCAUGUAAGGCCAUCUGCUAUUAAUCUCUCUUUGGACAGGUGCCCCCUGAGAAGCACCAACACAACAAAAAGGGUCCAUUCCACCUGUUUUAUAAUGUACUACAGGGUAUAUGGUCAUAAGUACUUACUAUACAGAAAAAAAAUGUUUAUAGAAUCUAUUUUAAAUAACAUGUAUGAUAUUAGUAGUUAGACCAUUCUUAAUUGUUGAAUUGAUAAGGCACUUUUAUUUACACCUUUCUUUAAUUUAAGACUUGUAUAUUUACCUAGUGAUGUGUUGCAUGUGCACAAGAAAUACAAGUUGAAACACGGUCACAGGGGUUAGUCCCGGGAGCUGCAGAUGAUUAGGAUCUGGAAGUGUUCGGGAAUUCUGUUAGGACGGCUGGGUGGUGAUCAAAGAGGCACGGAUGAGAAGGCAAGCUUAAGACACUCGCUAGUUUCUUUUUGUUUGGUUUCCUUGGAUCUUUUUUGUUGAAAACACUGUGCUAACUUCCAAAAAACAUAAAUAUGAUUCUCCCUCUGAUGAUAAAAUAAUACUAUACCUUUAAUUAGUGUAAAGUAAAAAAAAAAAUUACCUAAAUUUGACAAAAAACAUUUUUUAUCGUAGCCUAUAUGUUUGAUGCAUAUUGACUUUUGCUGUAUUUAAUUUAUAAAUUGUUCCCUUUUGCUCAAAUUUGGGGAAAUCGUUUUUAAAUGAUCAAACUAUUAAAUUACAACAAAAAUCUAUGCGGUCAGACUGAAAUAAUAAAAAAUAAAAACACUCACUAUGAUCCAACUCUGCCCCCUAGUGGAGGACAGACGUUCUUUUAUUUCAAGCACAUUUGAUUGUUUUUGUUUCUUUCUUCCUUUGUUUUCUAAGAGUGACUUUCAGCUUUCUCGCCCAGCCGUGCCUUUAACAGGACACAGACGAAACAGCGAAGGGAGAGUGAAUAUUCAAAGCCUUGUCUGGUUGUAAAAGCUUCUAUUUUUGUAACUUGUUUUGGUUAACAAACUCAUGAAAGAGAGAUUGAGGGAGAGAAGAAGAUGUCAGGUAGCACUUACCUAUAUCCCUGCAAUAAUUAGACUCGCUGUUGUUUGUAUGAUUAGGGGAGAAACCUAAAAACGGUAGGACAAGUGCUAUUUUCAGAACACUUUGUUGUUGUGCUUCUGUUUCGUUGAGUGUGUCUUUCUCGUCAGUGUGGUAGUAAAGUGGUUGGAAAAAAAAAAGGAAAAAAAUAAUGGAUGUGCCAAACUGUAGUCGUUGCUUCAAGCUUUUCCAGUCUACUCGUCUAUGGCGUAGAAUGGAUUCCUUAGACAUUCCAGCAAUUCCGGUAGCAGCUUCUUGAAAUAUCUGUAAGAAAAAGAGCAAAAAGAAAAAAACUUCCCUAUAGAAACCCAAUGAGCAUGUUAACACAUAUGUCACCAACUGUAACAUAGAGUCCAAUAUAUGUGCGUUUUUUUAAUUGUUAUUAUUUUGUGUUUGCACACGAUCAUUCCUCUGCCGUGCAAUUUGUGCAAGGUGUUCACGCCUUGUGCUAUCACCCCUCAGGGAAAAGGCUUUUCUUUUACUUUUUUGUUCUUUCUGGUAGUUUUUUUUUUUUCUUUUGUUCCUUUUUUUCAGGGAUGUUCAAUGUAAAGUGACUAAAUCACCAAGUUGUUAAGUAUUACAUUUUUAUUCUCCCUUUUUGGUCGACUGAUCAAAUUUAAGAAACAAAAAAAGUCAUUUGUCUAAACAAGAAACCCUUUCACGUUUUACUAACUGGAGUUUUUUCAGCACAUGUUCCUGUCACAUUGAAACAAUCUGCUUUGGUUUCCAAUGGUGUCAUCAGGGUCUUUACAAACGAUUACCCUCUUUCUUUGAGAAAAAAACCAAAUAUUCUUAUGCAAUACUUAAUCUGUUAUGUUUGGGUUUUAGUAAAUAUGCUGUACAAGAGUAAUAAUCUCUCCUUUGAUCCAAUGCUAUUUGGAUGUGCACAAGCCCUCUAUGACUAGUUAACCUCAGUCUCAGAGUAAAAAAACAAACCCAGUCUGGAACACUGCUAGACAAUCCAGGUUGAAGGGGCCCAGUUAGCCCUAAGAGCAGCAAACUGAGGAGGAGCUGUGCUCAGGGAGGUAACGGGUGGGCCGACGCAGCUCUCUUUCCUCCGGAUCUGCAGAGGCAUUUGAUUGGCUCUGCUGUGAAUUCAUGGGAUCUUUAAAAUCUCUUGAAAGGCAACUCAGUGGGAGAGAGGAGCUUGGCUGAACCUUUUUUUUUUAGGUCUUCUUUUUUUGGCACAUUGAACAUGCAGUUCCUGUUCAGGAAAUGAAGAAGAGAAGGGGAUUUGGCUGCUUUCCUGUCCAAAAAAAAUGAAUAAAAAAGUGGUUUGUCUUCUUAAAAAGAAUGAGUAUUUUUGUUUUCCUAAUCUUUUGUAGCAUGUGUUAUUAUUCACAUUAACAGUUUUUUUGUCAGAUACUAUCAGCUGAGGUCUGCCAUGAAUAAGAGCUCUUGUGUCAGUGUAGAACAAGCAAUAUGCCUUGUGUUAUAAUUACGGGUCUCCACAAUGCAGUCAUCUGCCUUUUUUUGAAUUAACAUCCACCUUAAAAUGUUUACUUUGAGUUGAUGUAACGAGUUCAAGCCCCAUUGCUUUCUGUUCCGUCGUGGUUGCAUAUUUUUUCUUGUGUUGAUCAUUUGACCUCACACAGGCCUAAAAAGUGAUGUCCUUCUGUAUUUUUGUAACAUCCCAGUUAAAACUAGGGAUACCUAUGUGUGCUGUUCAAUCACUGUAUAGUAUACAGUCAAAUGUGCUGGUCCUUCUGUCUCUGCUCUGUUGUUUGUUUGUAAAAAGCAAUAGUUUGUGUACAUGUGUGUUUGUUUUUUCAGAGUUGUGUGAAUAUAAAAAUGAAAAAAAAACCCAGACAAGGCUUUAAUAAUUACAGAGGAACAGGGUUCUGUGGAUGAUGAGGAUUUAGUUUUAUUUUGAGAUUUUUGAAAGAAAGCAACAACAAAAAAAAAGAUCUAAAAAAAAUGAGUGCGAUCCAUUUGUAGUAAGUGUUAAGUUUUCUCAAAAGCAUGACUUAACGCCGUCCUAACGAUUUAGCGGCUUGGAGUUAAACCGAUUUCUGACUUCUGCUUGAGUUGAUAAGCAAAAAUUUAAAAAAAAGGAACCCUUCAGUUGACCUUUAGCCCGCCAGUCGUUCAGAGCUGCGUUACGUCACGCUUAAAGUUGCCAGUGUGUGAUCCAGAACUGAUGAUCACCCAUCACGUUUGAUGAAACCCUUUUUUUUUUUCUCAAAAGCACAGGUGGCAAGAAUUUAUAAUUAAAAUUAUGCUUAAGAAUAUAGUUUUAAAAAGAAAAGAGAAGCAACUUUUUUAGCCAUAAUCGAAUGUCAAGCAAUAAUAUAUGUCAAUGUAUUAUUUCUCUUUUUUUUUUGGUGCAUAAUAGCAUCUGCAUGUAAAUACACCUCUUAUUUAUCACAUUUUGUGUUCCUUUUGUGUUUUUUUUCUCGUUUGUUUCAUUUGUAUAUUUGACUGGUUCGGUUCCCAAGUAGAGAACGGAGAACCUGACAUGCCCUGGUUUGCUUUCUAUGUUCUUUUCUCAUUUUUUCCCUCAUACUAGGCUGUUUCUUAACCAUAUUUAAUAGAAUUACUGACCACGUGUAUAAAGGUAGCAUUGUAACUUCUGUCUGUAUAGGUAAGACAAAAAUACUGCUACUAAGGCCUCCCCGGUGAAAAUAUUUAUCCGUUUUAUCACCUAUCGUACGUUAAAUCUGUUUCUACUUUUUCCUCCCACUUUUAGAGUUAGGUUGAUAGACUUAGGAUGUGCUGAUGUUUUUAUUUUUUAUAUAUUUCUUUGUGUUCCCCUGAUGUGUGGUGCUAGAUAAGUUCAUUUUAAGCCAGCUAUUGAAUUCUUAACCUGGCUGCCCUGUUAGUUCGCUCAUUUUGUUAAUGUAUUAUUAAUAUUAAGACUCACUGAAUAAUAAAGAUGAUUAAAAUGAUAGUGGUAACUAAUACCCAGCCUGCACCUGUAUCAGUGUGCUUGCCUUGGGUUGAGGCACUUAUUUGCUUCUGACUUAGAGCAAAGGUAGAAUCUGCUAAUUAACAAGUUAUUUAAGAUUGCUUUUCUGGUUUGUGAAAAAGAAUUAUGAUAUUCAAUUUGAAACAGCAGUAUUGUGUUUAUUUGUUUUCUUUCUCUGAUUGUAAAAACCACUCACUGAGGCUAUAGUUUGUCAGGUUUUAAGAUGCUGACUAUUUACCUCCUUGGUCUGCAUCGUCCUUCCCCCUUGAUGCAGGGAAGUGGUGCUUGGCUUUUCCUCCCAACGGCACCUCCGUUAUGCUUUUGCUACCCCCCCCCCCCCGCCCCCCCUUCUCCCAAGUCAUGCGUAGCUCGAAACGCUGGUUUCAUCCUUUUGCACCAUGUGAAGUGUUAAAAACGUACAUGAAAGGGUUGCCAUUUGAAGAAAAACUAAAAAGUUGAGCUCUUCUCUCGACUCUGUAGCAAUUAUCGGUGAGAGAAAUGCUUGCAAUAAUACCCAACGUAUCACACUGAGUGCCUCUCGGUGUAACAGAAUGCAUACAUGAUUUUGAUUGUCUGUUUUUGUGUUUUUUUUUCCACAUUUGUGUUGAAGUGACUUUUUUUGUUUUGUUUUUUUGUUCUACAUGAGGGUGAACUCUCUUAUUGAAGGUGUUUUAAAAUGUUUUUUUUUGUGUCCAUGUCAAAGGUCUUUCACUAUAGAUCGUCCCUUAUUUUGGAAAAUCAAAAGGCUUGUUUUAUGUUGAUCUCAAAGGGGUCAAUAAAUUAAUAUUACUGAUCUGUUCACUUCCACUUUUGUUUUUGAUCAAGCAAAAAUGUUAUCAAAUUCCCCCUUUUCGUUUAUUUUCUGUUUGUGGUUUACAGUAUUCUCUUUUUUUCUAGUUUUUUUUGCAAACAGAAAAUUUCCUAAUGCAUUGUAUAUUCAGUAUUUGUAUGUGUUUGUAAAACAGACAUGCAGGACAUCUGUAUUUCUUCAAACGUCUGUGUUCAGUGCUCCUCAGUCUGAAGGGGAACUUCACAUGUGUGUUAGCUGGAACCGGUGUGGAUUCCUUUUUUGGGAUUUUUUUUUUCUUUCAAUGUAAAACAAGUACAAACUAUGGAAAAGCCCAAACUUGUUGUGUGGUUGUCACAAAUUUCUAAGUCGCACGUUUGCUACUGAUUAUUAAAUGGGGACAGAUGAUCAUGUACCUUUUUAUCCAGCUCUUUUGAACUCUCUUUAGCAGGUAGUCGAUUCACAGCGUAGGUUUGCUCCUUCUUUUCUGAUUCUUAAAUAUGAAAAUAAGUAUUUUGGUUCAUUUUGUAAAUACAGCUGUAAAGAAAAAUAAGAAAUUUAAUGUUGUCUUUUAAAUACUUUUCAUUCUAAUAUGAAUGUUGUUAUAUUGUACUUAGAAACUGUACCUUUAAUAUUACCUUUAUUAAAAGUGCAUUGGACACAUCGAUUUUAGAUGUGCUUUAUGUGCUGUUAUCCCAUAAUAAAAUUUACCGCUUGUAAUGGGCUUUUCUUUUCCCCUGAUUGUUCCCUGUCUGUUGUCUGCUGUCUGUCAAGCUCUCCCUAACAGAAACAUUAAACAAAAAGCACAUUUUUAAGAUGCAAUAAGUUCA